UUUCAGUUACAUCUUCAGCCAGCAACCACGACGAAACAUUUGGGUUCAACCGGGGAGUUAUUGCAGUUUCAUCACUGGAGUAAUUUUUUGCAUGAAACAUUUUUUCCUAGCAAAUGAAGAAGAAGAAGAAUACAGAUGAAAGGGCGAGCUUAAGGUGGAGCUCAUGAUUAUUCCAGUACCCCGAAAAAUUAAAAGAUGUUGAUGCUCUCGCGUCCCAGGGGAGACAUUAAUGCAGGCAUAAACAAGCCUACUCCGUCGUCUCGAGCGUUGUGGAGGUUGAGAAGAUUCCAUACACAUUCUCCUCAUGGGACCAUUACCUGUGUUGUUAUACAUUUCCCUUAUUUGAAGAAACUCGGGCAAAUGUCCACUCUUCUAUGAACGAAUUGGACAAGGCUCCAUCUGCUGAAGUGAUAGCUUUUGAAAAGGCUGGACUUGAGGAUGACCACUUUGAAGUGACGAAUGAACCUCAAGAAGUUCUUUAUUAUAAUGUCAAGGUUGAAUUUUGCAAGAAAAGAGGAAGUGAUGAUGGAGCGCAUUACAGAACAUAUCCUGGAGAUUUAGUAGUCAUCUCAAACAAAAAACCGGAAACAGUUUUUGAUUUGAAUCGUAUUGGCUGGAAUUGGACACUUGCUUCUGUUGUUAAGGUCACUGGUGAGAAGAACAAAGAUGGCAGUUUGUCCACAAUCUUGAAAGUCAAAAUGCCUAUAAAUCCUGGAACAACAAUUGGAACCCUUGAAAAAAUUCAUAUUGUUUUCUUAACAAACAUUGCAACAAGUCAAAGGAUUUGGGAUGCAUUGGGAAUGAACAAGAAUUUGAACAGUUUUGAAACCAUUUUGUACAAAAGCUCUCAGGCUGAAAAGGAAUGCUUUGCCUGCUCUCUCGAUGCUGACAUUAGAUCAUCAUCAACUGAGAAGAUAGAGGACAUCUUGCUGUCCAAGCUGAAUGAGUCACAAGCCAAUGCUGUAGUUACUUGUCUUGGAAGGGUGAAAUGUGACCAAAUGUCUCAUGUUGAUCUUAUAUGGGGCCCCCCUGGUACUGGGAAGACAAGUACUGUUAGUAUACUCUUGUUUAUGCUCUUGAAAAGGAAGUGCAGAACACUUAUUUGUGCACCUACAGAUGUGGCAAUAACCGAAGUUGCCUCUCGAGUGGUAAAGCUGAUAAAAGAGUCGUUUGAAGAUGGGUGUUCCAAGAAGAAUAUGCUAUAUAAUCAGUUGGGUGAUGUGCUCUUAGUGGGAAGCAAUGAUAGCUUGAAGUUGGGCGAAGACACUGAAGGGAUAUUCCUAAACCAUCGUGUCGAAAGACUUGUUCAGUGUUUGGGACCUGAAAAGGGUUGGCAAUGUUGCAUUCAUUCCACAAUUUGUUUUCUUAAAGAAUCUAUUUCAUGGUAUGAAAUCUUCACAAAAAAUAAUUUAAACAAAAAUAUAGAGUUGAUGGAAAAAGGUGAAACCGUAAAGGAAGUUGCAGGAGCUAUAAAGUCUUUUCCAAAAUUUAUUAAACCAAGGUUUGAAGAAGCAGUAUCACCACUCAGAAGAUGCAUGUUAACAAUGUGUACUCAUAUACCAAGGACUUUCAUCCAAGAACACAAUUUCCAAUCUAUCAUUUCCCUGUUUUGCCUUCUAGAUGCUCUUGAAGACACUAUAUAUGAGAAGAAUACGACGCCUGAUGAACUGAAGGGAAAAUUUCCACAGUCUGUAAUUUCUGCAGUUUCCUCUGAGUCAUUUGUAGAUGCACCUUUUGCCUGCUUGAGCAAGCAGUGCCUCAUCGUUCUGGAAAACCUUCUGCAUUCUUUUGGUGAACUUCGUCUUCCAAGUGGAAAACAUAGAGAAACCAUAGUGGAGUUCUGCUUCAGGUUUUCAUCCUUGGUUUUCUGCACCUCCUCAAGUUCUUAUGAGAUGCAUUUAAUGGAUACGGCACCAUUCAAGUUAUUGGUAAUUGAUGAAGCUGCUCAGUUGAUGGAAUGUGAAUCACUUAUACCACUUCAACUUCGAGGCCUGAAGCACGCAAUUCUUGUAGGUGAUGAGUUUCAAUUGCCGGCGACUGUCCAUAGCAAAGUGUCAAAUGAAGCUGGUUUGGGAAGAAGCUUAUUUGAAAGGCUAAGUGCAUUGGGUCAUUCAAAGCACAUGCUUAAGGUGCAGUACAGAAUGCAUCCUUCAAUAAGCCACUUCCCUAAUUUGAGUUUCUAUAACAAGCAAGUUAUGUACGCUCCAUAUGAGAGUAGCAAACCCCAUGAGAGGCAUUAUCUUCUGGGAAGGAUGUACGGCCCAUAUUCUUUUAUAAGUGUCCCCCCUGGAAAUGAAGAAUUUGAUGGUUUUGACGAUACCAGAAGAAAUAUGGUUGAGGUGGCUAUAGCAGUUGAAAUAGUGCAGAAGUUGUUCAAAUAUUGGCGUAACACGGGAGAUAAGCUUAGCAUUGGUGUUGUUUCCCCCUUUACUGCUCAAGUUGCUGCUAUAAAAGAUAACAUUGGCAGAAAGUAUGACAAUCUUAAUGGCUUUGCGAUUAAGGUUAAGUCUAUUGAUGGCUUCCAAGGUGGAGAAGAGGACAUCAUAAUAUUAUCAACUGUGAGAUCCAAUUGUACUGGCACAGUCGGUAUUAUGUCUAGUUUGCAAAGAACUAAUGUUGCUCUGACCAGAGCCCGGUAUGUGUAUUAUUCUUAUCUUUUCAUUUCUGAAAGUUAAAGCCUAAGGUGUGUUUAACCCAUUUCUUUAAGGCACUGUUUAUGGAUAUUGGGUGAUGAGAGGACCCUAAUGGAUAGCAAUUCCGUUUGGGAAAGAUUAGUCCUGGACGCAAAGGAGCGCCAAUGCUUAUUCUCUGCUGCCGAAGAUGAUGAUCUGUAUAAUAUCUUAUUCAAAAAUCAAAGAGGGAAGGUAAAAUGAUCAAUGGAGUUUUUUUUAUCAUAUUUCUAUUAGUUGGCUUAAUAGCCUUUGCUUAUAUGAUAUAUUGAAGUGGAAUGCAGCACACUUUAACAUUAUAUUCUCUUUUUAUGUUUUGUCAUUUUACAGCGGUUACUUAUCUGAUGUUACAAAUGUAUUUGAUGGAAGUGCUAGCUUUUACUUAGUCCCGGAAGAAUUUGGAGUUGGCUCACAUGCAUCAACAUAUCAAAUCGGAGCUAAAAAGAUGAAAAAGAUGAAAAGAAUAAAAUGAUAAGAUAAAAGAAAGACAAAAAGAUUAAACAGAUAAGAUAAUAUGAAUAAAAUAGAAUGGAUAAAAUAAAAAGAUGAAGAACGUAAGAAAGAUAAAAAAAACAUAAAGUAAUAAAAAAACGGAGAGAUCAAUUUUAAUAAGACCACAUUUUUACGCUGAUGUUCAUCAUUCACGCACUUUGAUUUGUAAAAUUCAGAUCUUGUUUGUCAGGAUAAUGAUGUCAUUGAGAAGAGUAGGAAUUCUGAAAGCGUGGGUUGCAUCACGGGGCCAGUUUGGUGUAUCCCCGACCAAUCUGCUUGUGAUCCCAAUCAAGCUGUGUUUGAGAUAGAGACAGGAACAAAGCUUUGUGUUAGCAAUCUUGAUUGUAAAGUCUCUGGAGAAGACAUUAAGCUUCUGUUUUCACAAUUUGGUGAUAUAAAACGUUAUACAAUCCAUUAUGAUAGUACUGAUGAGGGAGCAGUGGGAACAGCCGAACUUAUUUACUCUCGCCGACAAGAUGCUUUAGCAGCUUGUGAAUGGUAUAACAACACUAGGCUUGAUGCAAAACCAAUGAAGAUGGAGUUUGCUGCCACAAACAAGGUCACUCACCUUCCUCCUAUUAGUAACUGUGCCCGCGAAGCCCCCCUUAGGCGGAAAGGGAAAAAAAGAGUGCGUGGGAGAGGACGAAGUGGUGGUGGAAAGGUGCUUUCUGCAGAAGAUCUUGAUGCUGAUUUAGAUAGGUACCAUAAUGAAGCAAAGCAACAGAGAAUUUGAUGGAGUUUCCUCUUAGUGUAGGGUGUCAUUCUUUGGUGAAGGCAGCUUGGUCCCUGAUACUUUGUUUUGUUGGUGUGUGUAGUAUGCUUACAUUUACCGUGCAUCAAAUUUGAGGUGGAUUUUAUAUCAAAGGUGGGAUAUCAAAGGUGUGAUCCAUGAUUCAUAAUGCUACCAGGUAAUUGUUAGUUUUUUUUUCGGAGGAAAUGUAAAUUUUAUUAGCACCCAAGAAAAAAUAACAUACUCCG